AAAGUAGAGUAUUGUUGGAUGCCAUCAACUUUAAUGCGAAAUACUCCGUAAGAGGGCAGUUUCGCGCAUGCGUUUACGCUUUCUUACGCUCGAAAGCUCUCCAUUUGGAUAGGAGAACACAGCCAAUCAUGGUAAAUGCUUCUGCAGUUGCAUCAAACCAGGCAAACAAUGCUAGAGGCUUUAGAAACUUGAGUAGAAGUCAGCUUGGAGGCGUUAUAUUUGGUUGCAAGAAUAACACGAUGAGAGAGUGUCUCUCGAAACAACUAUUUGGUUUGCCUGUUCAACAUUUUUCAUAUGUGAAGAAUAUAGAUCCAGGCUUGCCAUUAUUUUUGUUCAACUUCAGUGAUAGAAAGCUUUACGGCGUCUAUGAGGCUGCAGGCUCUGGUCAAAUGUAUAUCGAUCAAUAUGCUUGGACGUCAGAUGGUUCUUUUAAAACUCAAUUUCCUGCGCAGGUUCAAAUAUGUGUACGCCUGCAAUGUCAACCGCUGCUAGAAAGUCAGUUUAAGCCAUUAAUUAUGGAUAACUAUUUUAGUCAGAACCAUUUCUGGUAUGAAUUAGAUCAUGUUCAAACUGGUAAAUUGAUUUCCAAGCUGUCGUCUCUUGCAUAUACUCCAAGUAGUAGCCCAUCACAAAACUCAGCAAAACAGAGAAGUAUAAUCCUAGGUUUACCUGCAAAUGACAAAAGAGAGGAAAAUGAGUGUUUUAAGUCACAGGACUUGGAAGAUAUUUUUGCCUACACAUCUGGUUUGAAUGGGAAAUUGGGGGCUAGAGACACUUCUCUACAUUCAAAUGGUAUCCAGCAGCCAGAUGAUCAGGCAGAAUUGGGUGAGAAGGAUCUUAUAUACAUAAAACUUAAAGAAUUGGCCCUUCAGCGGGAAUUCUCAGGUGGCAUUACAAAUGGGCCUUCAGAGGAAACCACCAAUGCUUUCGUUCCUCCGUCUAUAAAUGACGCAAUCAUUGGGCAAGAAACUUUGCAGGAAGAGCAGAAUGUAGACUGCUCCUAUGACUCAACUGGUUAUCCAUCUGUUAUAGCUCAGCUUCUUCAAGGAAUAGAAGAACUGAAAGCUUUUAAGGAAGAGCACAUUCAUAAGGUGGAUAAUUUGGAGCGGAAGCUGGCUUAUGCAGAACAAGAGAUUACUCAGUUAAAAUAUAAAUGUAUGAUGCUGGAAUCCUCAAAUACUGUUUGUGCACGUGCUGAUGAAAUAAUGAUUGACUGCAAUGAUGAUGUACACAUGAAGCAUGAGUCCAUUUUCCUUACUGGAGGAUAUGAUGGUGUAUCAUGGUUAUCAGCUUUGGACUCGUAUAUGCCUUCACUUGAUGUGUUGAAGUCACUUAAACCAAUGAAUUCAGUUCGUGCAUAUGCGUCAGUUGCAAAGCUGAGUGGAGAACUUUAUGUAUUUGGUGGUGGAACUGGAAGCUUGUGGUACGACACAGUUGAAUCAUAUAACCCAGUUGAUAAUAAGUGGACUCAGUGCCCUUCUCUGAAAGAGAAAAAGGGUAGCUUAGCUGGUGCUGCUUUGAAGGACAAAAUAUUUGUGCUUGGUGGUGGAAAUGGGAUUGAGUGCUUUUCAGAGGUUGAAAUGUAUGAUCCUGAAGUAGGACGAUGGAUGAAUACACAAUCCAUGUUGCAGAAGAGAUUUGCUCUUGCUGCAGCAGAAAGCAAUGGUGCAUUAUAUGCUGUUGGUGGAUAUGAUGGAAGCAAUUACCUGGCGACUGCUGAAAGAUUUGAUCCCAGAGAACAUUCCUGGACAAAAAUUGCAAGUAUGAACACAAAGAGAGGAUGCCAUGCGUUGGUUGCCUUGAGUGGAAAGUUAUAUGCAGUUGGUGGUUAUGAUGGAUCUACAAUGGUGCCAAGCAUUGAGAUAUAUGACCCCCGUCUGGAGACAUGGAUGAUUGGAGAGCCAAUGAACCAUUCAAGGGGGUAUUCAGCUGCUGCUGUUCUAAAGGAAUCCAUCUAUGUAAUUGGAGGGGUUCAAUCCAAUGAGGAGAUAGUAGAUGUGAUUGAAUGUUAUAAGGAGGGUAAAGGUUGGCAAACACCUAACUUGAGGGCUAUCGGGAAAAGGUGUUUUUCCUCAGCUAUAGUUUUAGACGAAUGCUGAACUCUGCUUCCGAUAUAAAGCUGAUAUGGAGCAAUAGGUAAUUUCUUCUUAGAAACUUAGGCGUCCUUUGUCCAACAAUAUUUUAUAUCCAUCAUUUUGAAUUUGUGGAUAAGAUUAGUAUAUGUACCUUUGCAGUUGUGUAUGAGGUUAAUACUUUUAGUUGAGGAUUGAAGGGAUUUUCUGAACUUUUGAAAGUAGUAAAGUGGUUACUCUUGGAAAGAAAACAGAAAGUAUUACAUCUUGUAGAAUCGAGUUCAAUUUAGAUAGUAUUGCUUAUUAUUA